GUUCUGUGUGUGUGUGUGUGCGUGUUCUGUGUUUGGUGCGUGUGUGUGUCCAUGCAAAUGAAUUACAUUUCAGCCAUAGCAAUGUUGUUUACUAUUGUAAUGUUUCGAGGUAAUUAAAACAAUUAAAGUUUUUUUCUUUCUUUCUGGUGAUCACUCUCUUGAAUUGGACAAUGCUUUAACCAUGUUUGUUGUGAUUUUAUAUCAGGACCAACCCUCUCACAGUAUUAUUAUCUGUUAAAAUUCAAUGUGAUGUAACAUAUGUUUUUCUGGAUUGUUGUUUUGUUGUGGAGACCAUCUGCAAAACAAAGUAAAACAAAAUGUUGAUAUAGUAAACAAUCUUUCUCAAAAAUGAAAAAAAUAUGGUCAUUAAUAACGUGGUAGACCCUUGCAAUAAUUAUAAUUUAUACGUUUUAUUCAGUUAAAUGUUCGGUGUUAAAUCAACACCAAUAGAGUACAUUUUACUCUGACAGAGUACAUGUGGUCCUUAUUGGACUCAUAAACUGUAGUUAUUUAACACUGAUGUUUUCGUUUAGUGCGUCAACGUGUCCAUAGAACGCGAUUUUAAAAAAUGGAUGCAAGGGUCUGCUUGGUUUUUUGUAGACUACGGGUAUUGCAUGUGCUCUUGUGGUUUCUUGGCCACAGUUCUGAACUAGUAACCAUCUCGUAGAGGGUGGUCGGAUAAACAGGUCAGGGAUGAAUACCACGCAUUUGGAACACAUGUAACCGCGUGCGCGGACUGAAGCAUUACUUCUAUGAAGCUGUCGACAUGAUACCCUGCCUAUUGCUGUUGGUGUGUGCUAUUACACUAGAUGCGGUCCAACAGUUUCCAGCGUUGAUGGAGGUGGAGGCUGGUCGUACCGCCAGGUUAAAAUGCAGCACGAAUGGGAUGCCUGCCACAUAUUGCUACACGAUUAUUUGGACAAGGGUCGAUUCCAGGACCAAGAAGCUUAUUUCCUUAAAGAACGCCCCUGAUUUUGUGAACACCGUCGCCAGUGAACAAACCGAAUGCUCCUUCGACAUUAAAAACGCAACAGCUGACGACUCCGGGACUUACUACUGUUUAGUGGUGUACGGCAAAAUGGUCUACAUCGGCAACGGGUCAAAUGUAAUAGUGACACAAGGAAGAAAAACUGCACCCCCUUCAAUCGAAAUCCUCGGGCCGUCGGGCGACGUCCACGGAUCCUUCACCCGACUCUUGUGCAUGAUUGCCGGAGUCGUUCCGAAAGCUCGUAUGUUCUGGGUCAUAGACGGGCGAGAGAGAAGCGGAUUCACCGAUACCGUCUGGACAAAAUACGGCGACGAGGUCGUGGAGUCCACCCAAAGCCAGGUGCUGGUUCCUGCGGAGCAGUGGGAGAGAGGAGCCGUCUGCACCUGCGUAGUGGAGUUUGACGGGAGGAACACUUCGAAAAGCGUGCAAAAAGGAGCAUGUUCUGUAAUAACAGACCACUGGGAGGGAUGCUAUGCCACUGUGGCUGCGUACAGGGUUGUGGUGACUACCCUCUGUCUUCUCUCGUGGACAAUGACUAUCACAGCGGGCAUUUGUUUCAGGAGAAAAAGAAAUCGCGAAGAGAAGAGGAGUAGGAGGAUCACAGAGAAGUAAAUUUGAAGGUGUUAAGGCAUGUAGCAGGCCCUCUCAUCCAGUACCACUUACACCGUUUACUUCUUUUUUUUAAAUGAAUUUUUUACAUAUAAUCCAUUUAUACAGUUAGAUAUAUACUGGCGCGAUUCAGGGGUUUAGUACUUUGAUCAGUGGUACAAUGGCGUUGCCUCACCUUGGAAUAGAGCCUACGACCUUUGAGUUGUGUUCUACACCUGAAAGGAAUAAAACCUUUCGAGAAUAAAUUGAGUCUUGUUCAGCAACAGGGAGCAACACGGCUGGUUUUCUUGGAUGAGAAAUUUGUAUACCAGCUUAGCCCUUUCAACAGUAGGCUUUGGAAUGUUUUUUUUUCCUUCUAAAUUCUAAUCCAGUGUUCUAGAACCCCAUUGCUUUAA